GGAAAAAAUAUAAGUAGACACAAAGGAGCCACCUCCGCUACCACUACACUAGCAGAAGCCCUAGCAUAAAGGGCGAUUCUAAGGAAAUUGUUUCUUUCAGUCGACAUGGAAGGUAGCGAAUUCGAUCGUCUCCUCUUCUUCGAGCACGCUCGCAAGACUGCUGAGACCGCAUACGAGAAGAAUCCUCUCGACGUUGAUAAUUUGACUAGAUGGGGUGGUGCGUUACUUGAGCUGUCUCAAUUUCAGCCGGUUCCCGAAUCAAAACAGAUGAUUAUCGACUGUAUUUCAAAGUUGGAUGAGGCAAUAUUCAUCAAUCCGCAAAAACAUGAUGCCCUGUGGUGUCUGGGAAACGCACACACAUCUCAUGCAUUCUUGACUCCUGAUCAAGAAGAAGCCAAGGUUUAUUUUGACAAAGCAACCCAAUGUUUUGAACGAGCAGUGGAUGCGGAUCCUGGGAAUGAUCUUUACCGCAAAUCUUUGGAAGUUGCAGCCAAGGCUCCGGAAUUGCACACUGAGAUCCACAAGCAUGGUUCAAUGCAACACGCUAUGGGGGCAGGGCCUUCUGCAUCUACAACUACUAAGAGUUCAAAGAAGAAGAAGAGCAGUGAUUUGAAGUAUGAUAUAUUUGGAUGGGUUAUACUUGCUGUUGGUAUUGUUACAUGGGUUGGAUUUGCAAAAUCGCAGGUUCCCCCUCCUCCCAGAUAAGAUCUUUAUGCACCUCCUCCCAUGAUACUUGCUGGAGUGUGAUAAAAGAAACUACUACUGUUUUGGUUGGUUAUGUAUUGACCUCGUCUAAGACUUGUGAGACUACUACACACUGGGUAGAUAUAUUAUGCCCUUUCUAUUUAUAUUAUGUUAUAUAUUUGAAUACUAGCUCCCAUUGGAUUUAGCUUUUGAUGUGCUUUAUGGCUAUUUAUCACUUCUUCUGCUACUGUAUGUUUAGAUGCAAAGUUUGUUAAUUCCACCACCCUUCACAGCAUCAGUGGUACGGUUGAGAACGCCCCGUCCAUUCAUGCAAGUGCUGGUGGGAGCAAUAGCCGUAGGGGGUGUCCCACCAAUUUCUGCGAAGCUUCUUUGCUUGUGAAGUUGUGACGAGUCGCGUCUAAAGCUCGAAAGUUUUAUAUUACUACUAUCUGAUUAAAUGGGCUUUAUAUGAUUUAGGUAUUUAUUAAUUGGCCUCUGGCUACGGU